AUGGAGGAGUUAUGUGCUGGUUACUUGUAUAAGUCCCCCCAAGCGAGCCUGUUUAAAUUACAGAAAUCAUGGAAGCGGAGGUAUUUUGUUCUUCUGAAGAAAUGUGAAAUUACAUGCCAUCUUAAAUAUUUCAAAAGUGAAGAAAUGAAGAACAGUGAACCAAUUGGAGCCAUUGAUCUGUCUCAGGUCUCGUCGAUGUUUCUGAAUCCUGAGAUCCACUCGAUGUGGAAAUGGGUUCAUGAGAAUUUCAGAUGCUCUCCCUCUUGUGUUCUUUUUAUGAAAGUGGCAGACAGAGACUAUUUUCUCAUUGGAGAAACCAGUUUAGAGAUUGAAAAGUGGUUCAGUGCCUUAUAUGAGGCUAUGUAUAAUCGUCCACACAAGCUGUUUGAGCCUAAGGAAUAUGGGAGAAUCAGAGAUAUAAGUGCACCCCCGAAUUCACUAAAGACAGACCAGAGGGUUGAGUGGAAACUAGAUGCAAGAUCAGACUCAAGCAAAGACGAACAACAUGAAAAAGAAAUAGGCAAGCUGGAGAAAAGUUUCCUAUGAAGAUUCCCAGAAUAUUUCCAUGCGUGUACAUAUUUUGAAACAAUUUGACAUUGUGUUUUGGUCACUGUGUGGCUCAAGUGGUUAAGGCUCUGGAUUGUUGAUCAGAAG